AUGAUCGAAGACGACAUCUACAGAGCCUCGUCACAGUUCCGGUACUGGUCGUACACCAAAGAAUCCUUGGCUCGAAUACGACAAGAGACUAACAAACUCGCCUCCCAGCGGGUGAAGGCCGCGUUUCGACGCGUUCAUGAUGCCACCAGAUUGUCACAGAAUGGAGACAGCCACAAUGAUGGCGCCGGCAUCAGCGACGGAACCGCUGCCGACUACGUUGAGAUCGAGACAUUGACGGUAAACGAGGAGUUGAAGAUUGUGGAAUGGGGAUGUUCUAAGAUUAUGGACAUGGGUGAAGCCAUGAACCCAAGGAUACCCUCGCAUGUGGUGGCCACAGCAAUCCAGUACCUCCGCCGGUUCUACCUCACGAACUCUCCAAUGACCUACCAUCCAAAACAAAUCAUGAUGUGUGCAUUAUAUCUCGCCACCAAAGCCGACCACUUCUACAUCUCGCUGUCACGCUUUAUCGCUGAACUUAACAAUGUCAGUGAAGACGAUGUGAAAGCUCCCGAGUUUUUACUGCUGCAAGGCCUGAGGUUUACGCUGGAUGUCCGGCAUCCCAUGAAGGGUCUUCAGGGAGGGCACGUGGAAAUGAAUGUCUUAGCCGAGGAAGGCAGGUCGGGCAGCAGCAUCACCAAGGCCAGUGGGAGCGAGAAAAGAAUCGGCGUCGCCGCGGAUAAAGCGAAGAAGCUCCUCGCCACAGCCGCACAAAUGACAGACGCGUAUUUCCUCUACACACCGAGCCAGAUCUGGCUCGGUGCGGUCAUGGUCGCUGAUCGAGAGCUUGCGGAAGCGUACAUCAGUGCCAAACUCGAGGCUCUGCCAUUUAGCGCCGAUGACUUGGACACUGCGGCUGACCAUUUUAAACAAAAGUUAAUGGCGACAAUCGCUUCUUGCGCGACCCUGCUCGAGUCUUAUCGAAGUCCCGAAGACGACGCCGCGCAACGCAAGGAAAUGAGACGCAUCGGCAAGAAAUUAACGGUGUGCCAGAACCCGGAGAAAAUGGACAUCGUGGCGGUCGCGAGGGCGAAGGCGGCGGCGAAGAGGGAGGGCGGCGAGGGAACAGAUGCAGAAAAAGCGCUCAAGAAGCGCAAAUUGGAGAGGGAAAGGCUGGAAAGGGAUGGAGAUGUAUUUGGACCUGAAUUGAGGGACGUCAAAGGUUGA